GCGCGGCUCGGAUUGGGCAAGGACUCGGCGAGCGAUCUCGGGGCGUCGUGGGAGCUGGGGGGGGGUGUUUUUGCGAGCGGGGAGUUGGAUCGUUGAGGCGAAGCUAAGAUGGCGGCGGAGACGGUCGAGCUGCACAAGUUGAAGCUUGCGGAGUUGAAACAGGAAUGUUUAGCCCGAGGAUUGGAGGCAAAAGGAAACAAACAAGAUCUCAUCAACAGACUCCAGACGUAUCUAGAGCAGCAUGCUGAGGAAGAGGCAAAUGAAGAAGAUGUUUUGGGAGAAGAAACAGAGGAAGAAGAACAGAAGCCUUUAGACACUCCCAUUAAAGAGGAAAUGAUUACAGAGACCUCUCCUGAAAUAAGUGCAGAAAAAAAGGUGGUGAAAAUUGCCUCAGAAAUUCCUCAAAUGGAGAGAAUGCAGAAGCGAGCAGAGAGAUUCAAUGUUCCUGUGAGCUUGGAAAGUAAGAAAGCUGCACGAGCAGCUCGGUUUGGUAUGCCUACAGUUUCAACUAAAGGUCUGAGCACAGAAAGUAAGACUCCAGUAAAUAUGGACAAAUUAAAGGAAAGAGCUCAAAGAUUUGGUUUGAAUGUUUCCACAAUCUCCAGAAAGACCGAAGAUGAUGAAAAACUGAAAAAAAGAAAGGAGAGGUUUGGCAUUGUUACAAGUUCAGCUGGAGCAGGAACUACAGAAGACACAGAGGCAAAGAAGAGAAAAAGAGCAGAACGUUUUGGCCUUGUCUGACGAUCUUCCUCUUAGUAUUUACUUGUUCAGGGUGUAUGUUUUAAACAUUCUUCAUCUCUAAGGAAGAAUACAGUUUCUCCCUCACACACAUCUUGACUUUGUAUUUCAAAGCUAGCUAUUGAGUUGUGCUGUUUGCACCCUACCCCACACUCUUUCAGACCGGAAAAGUACAGAAUAAAAUAUUCUGUUUAUGUAUGUUGUAACCAAUUUGGAUAUAGUGGUAUUUUUUUUAGCCAUUUGUAUCCAAAGUACACAUUGCUUCUUCUUUUUGGAGUAGUGGCAGCUGUGCAAAGGGAUUCCCCUAGUAAUAAUAAUUGUCACCUUCAGCUCCAUUUAAAUUUAAUCAGUAAUAAAUACCCGGUAAUUAAAAAGUUGUUUGAGCACUCCUUGCAUUUUUAGGUAGGCCUUCAUUGCCUAGGGAUUUUAAAUUUUCUAUUAAUUUUAGCUUAGAAGUAUUUUUUUUCUUUCAUUUAUAAAUUCUAAUCAUAAAGUCGAUCAGUUUCUUCUGAUCACUCUUAAGCUUAGAUUUUACUAAAAAGUGAAACAUUUUCUCUUUGGAGUUAUAUGUUUACUAAAUAUUGAAGCUGAUGAAGUUAUGGAAUCUUAAAAUGGAUCUUGCAUUAUCCUUUGCUAAAAUAGAACUACUUUUUACAUAUUGUUCAAUUACAAUAUAUGAGUGGCCCAUAGAAUAGAACAAAUUGCAUCCCAAUGUAAAGGUAGUAAAAUUGUCAUAUUCAUACCUAGACAGCUUCCUGCAGAUACUCUAUUCUUAGUAAACUUUUAGAACUAUGCCUCAAACUUUUAAAAUUUGUCACGCAUACAGAAUUUCUUCCGUUAAAAAUAGUACCAAAAAGUUACAAAAACAAUAGGUAUAAAAUUAUUACAAAAUAUUAUAUUCAUGUUCAGCUUUUUAAAAAACAGCUUUAAAUAAUUUUCAAAUACAGUGUUCUAUGUUUCUCUCUGAACUGAAUGUAUUUUGAAUAUCUGAUGCUUGGUGUUUCAAUUUAUUAAAGACAAUUACUUGGAGAAAAUUCUUGCCUUUUACAUUACUACAUCCUAUUUCCUGAUAGACAAAUUAUAUGUACCAGCUUUAGAAAUUGAAUGCAAGUGUAACUGAGGAAGAAUAUAUUUUUGGGUGAUUUUGUCUUUAUCGAAAUGUAUAUCUCAUUUUUUAAAACUAAAAUAGACUAAACAAAUAUUAAUUUUUAUUGCAGAUCUGUAUCAUCCUUUAUAGGAAGAAGUUGUUAGGACAUUCUGUAUUUUAAAAACAAUCUUAAUGAUUUCUCAGAGGUUUUAUACUGUUACUGAUCGACUUUUGCCUUGAAUGGUAAUCAGUUUGGCUUCUUUGAGAUUUUUUUUUAACCUUAAUUUUUUUAAAGAUGCUUUUCCCCUUAUACUGUAUAUAACUUGAAGGUUCUUCUUAUUCUGAUCCCGGAUUCAUACUUCAUUUGCAUUCUGAAAUCAGUCUGUUUGACAGUAUGGUUAUGUUUUUCAUUAUUUAAGCCUUCUUUGAGCAACAGUCCAAUGAUUUAUUUGCUAUGUAGUCAGCUGUGUGUUAUAUAUCCUAAAAGUUUUGUUUAUUUUUUUUUAAUUUGAUAACAUGUAUAUUUUAUUAAUUGCUUUUUUACAAUUGGGUUACUUCCUUUGAAAUGUUUUGUAGGUUGUACUGAAACCAGUACAACAUUUCAUUUUUGGUUUCAUAAUAAAACCGCUUAAGGAAAUACA